CUGUUGCUAAGCAACUAAGUUAAGUUUAUUUUUGCGUUUGUACUCAAAUGAUUUAAAAUAUGACCGAGUCCUUUAAUUCUACUGUUCCAGAACCUAGGAAAGUAGGAGUUUGGACAGAAGGAACACAUAUAGAGGCAAAAGAAUUUGUGAUACCAAAGAAAUUACCAGAAUCUAUAGACGAUAUACCCACCAUACCAGACUUAGAUGACUUGCAGGACAUUUUGGAAAAGGAAAUUUCUAUGCCACCCAUUGCCAAUCAAAAAGAUACAGAAACAGCUAACACAUUAGCAGAAGUUGGUGGUGGUGUGAGUGGCUCGAGUGAGGGUGUGGAAGCAGUGCUGGAUGUUCUCAUGUCAUAUGUGCCUCAAGUGGCGGAGUCUGAUGCAGCGGACACUGUGUGGACUGUAGACUCCUUACUCAGUGAACUGGCUGAAGAUAAUGAUGUUGUCAAUUAA